UGGGUAUAUAUGAGGGAGCGGAGGGAGGCAGGCAGCCCGGCGCUCUCUGUCUCUUACAUGCGCUCAGUUGCUCACAGCGUCGCAGCGUAGCAGCUUAGCCCCCCGAAACCUCGUACCCCGCUCAGGAUGGAGAUCCCCAUUCAGUACCCCUGGUUCCGCCGUCCGGCCAUCCCCUCCUUUUGCCCCAGCCGCAUCUUCAACCAGCACUUUGGAGAGAUUGUUCCGGAAGACGACUCUCCAUCCUUCCCCUCCGUCUACUUGCCCCGCUUGCCCCUGCUUGGACUAGGAAGCUGGGUGGACAGUGGGAUUUCAGAGAUGAAGCUUGACAGGGACCGCUUCAUCAUUAACCUGGAUGUGAAGCACUUUUCCCCGGAGGAGCUGAGGGUCAAGAUCAAUGGCGAGUUUAUCAAGAUUCACGGCAAACAUGAGGACCAGCUGGAUGAACAUGGGUCUGUUUCGCGGGAGUUUGUCAGGAGGUACAAGCUGCCGGUAGGGGUGGACCCAGGCUCCGUCACUUCCUCCUUGUCCUCAACCGGCGUGCUGACAGUGUCCGCUCCUCGCAAGAAUGCGGACCUUCCAGAACGUACCAUCGCCAUCACCCAGGAGAAAAAGUAGACCUACCAACUGUCAGCCCUCCUGCCUUGCCCCUGUCCUGCCAAUCUGCUGAACUCCUCAUCAUUGAGGAUUACAAGCUCCACCCCAGAGUCUCCAUUGGAUAAUACCAGCCCCAGCCCUGACUCCCCAUUCCGAAAAUCAAGUGCAAUCCUGUGCUUCCUAUUUGGGGAAUCCAAACUCCUUCCCUAGUAUUGGGUUGAAACAGCACCCAGAAUGCCCAAGCCUGAAUGACAGAGAAACACGCUGGUUCAUUGCAGCUCCGUGACUAGACCCCCAGCUGCCAGACCUAAGGAGUUUCCAGGGUGUCCCUGAUUUAAUUAAAAUGUAAACAGCAAUACAUAUAGAAACAAAAUGGCUCCUUCGGCUAUCCUUACACCAUUUAGAGCCCUCUGUACUGCACCCUGAUGAAGAGAGGAGAAUGGUCUGUCAAUGUCCAAAUGGACAAAUACAGUAUACAAGUAGAUGGCAGCAGUGCAUCUCUAUUUGUGUGUGUGUGUGUGUGUGUGUGUGUGUGUGUGUGUGUGUGUGUGCAUGUAUUGCUUACAGCAUUUGUGUCCUGUGCAUGUAUGUUUAUGGGUGCCUACUUGUACACGUACAUGUGUUUAUGUAUAUUAAUGUAUUUGCUUGUAUUCAUUACAUGGUGUUUUCCAUCAGGACUGGUGUUAAUCCGAAAGGCUAAGCUGCAGGGAGAGCUCAUUAUAUGCAUACGUUUUCUCACCAAUUCCUCUCAUAGAGAAAUUACUGUGCACAGUGGUAAUACAAUAGCCCAGUUGUGUAUUUUCCAACAGCUUCCAAUAGCUACUAUUAUGAUCUAUUCUGAAUUUUGCUUCAGGGGCAAGCAGAAAAUUGCGAAUGUGUCACAAAUCUGCUGGUGAAUUGGAACAGUGCACCACAACCAAAGUAUGAAGUAAGGUUUUCAAACACAGAUAAAUUAAGUCUAAUUCUCAUUAGUCAUUUUCGAGGAAGAUGAUGGAAACUGAAAGAUAACUAGAGUCACAUCUGUGGAUGCUAUUUUCAUUUUCAAAAUGUGCUGAAUCAGAAUACUGAAUUUUUUUAUUGUAUUUAUCUGACGAGUGUUACAGAAUGAAUGUCUGGGCAAGGGCUUGUGGUAGUGACUGGCCACCCUGUUUUAAUAUUCUGCUUUUUCUACAUGUUAUAUUGGUUGCUGACAAUCCGUAUACAUUGCAAUAACACAUGUUGUAUGACAAGGGCAAUAAUAAACCUGAUCUAACAAACCAA